CCAGCUAGUGUCUUGUGGCCAACAACAGCUAGGUAGAACUGCCGGCCCUGGUCAGCCCUACAGACUUCUCAUCCACCAGUGUUUACCAAGCAUUUGUGUGGUGGUUACUGCGCUCUGUUUCCUUGGCAAAUACGUUAUUUCCCGGGCAUCUAGGAUACCAUGGUACAUGGAAAAUAAGAAUUUUAAGACGCAGCGCUUCUUCGUUCUACGAAUAUUGAAGAUUCAUUUAGUUUUUUAAUUUACUUGUGACCAUGGGUACCAGAGAGGCAGCUUACGGCAGCUGGGCAUCACCGGUGACCGCUGAGGUGGCCACGAUGGCCAGUAAUGAGGUGGUGGAGGCGCCUCAGGUUGACCCUGUGACAGGAUGUGUGUUCUGGUGCGAGAGGCUGUGCAAGGAGGCUGGCAACACUGCAGUCUUCCACUUCAACCCAGACACCGGAGAAAUCGUGCGGUGGACUAAUCAAGGGUUCGACGUGAGGACCAAGGUUCAUGAAUACGGUGGAGGAGCCUUUACGGUGUACGACAACACUAUAUACUUCGCCCACAGCGGCGACGGUGCCAUCUACCGGCAGGAUGGUCCACAGGUGGCACCAACCCGCCUCACACGCUCUCACAACAGAAGAUACACAGAUGGCUCUUAUUGCCCUUUGAUGGAUGCCAUUGUGUAUGUAGUGGAGGACCACGAAGUGGUGAAGCAGGGCAAGGCUGUGGAGCCGAGUAACACAUUGGUGCUGCUGGAUGCCAAGACUGGUGAGGAGACACUGCUGGCCAGUGAUGCUGACUUCUUUGCCGCACCCUCAGUCUCCCCUGAUGGCACUCUCCUCGCCUGGAUACAGUGGCACCACCCGCAGAUGCCAUGGUGGAACACCCAGCUGUGUGUGGCCAAAAUCAACGACCAGAAACAAGUCAACAUCAUCAUUACCCGUCAAAACAGGAGCAAUAUGAUGCCCUCGUUUGACCGGGGCAACAGCCUGUACUACGUGCAUGACCAGACAGGCUGGUGGAACUUGUACAAGAUCACUGAUCUCAAGGUGGAAGUGAACCUGACACCAGAGUCCAAGGAGGUGGGCUGGCCCAUGUGGCAAUUCGGUUGGAGAGCCUACGCUGUUAAUCCCAAGACUGAUAAUGAAGUGGUGGCCGUUGCUUCCCAUGAGUUGAUGGUGGUGGAGAUAGAGAGCCACACGAGGAGGAGUCUACCUACUGGAUACGCCGUCCACCUUCAUGGAGUUGUUUACUCCAAGGAUGGCACUCAGGUGUAUGUGGUGGCAGGUGAUGGAGGGCGGGCAGCGAGGCUCAUCCAGGUGACGGUGGCCACAGGAGAGGUGAAGGGGGUGAGUGAGGUGGGUGAGGCAGUCAUCCAUCCUGGCUACAUCAGUCAUCCCUCACACAUCCGUUUUCCCACUACUCACGAUGACUUUGCUUAUGGAUAUCUCUACCUGCCUAAAAAUAAGGACUUCCGCGCUCCGGAGGGCACCAAGCCGCCGCUGCUGGUGCGAGUUCACGGGGGUCCCACAGGGGAGACCUUCCCUAUACUUCAUCUCACCUACCAGUUCUUCACUUCAAGGGGCUUCGCUCUCCUUGACCUCAACUACCGGGGCAGCACCGGCUAUGGCACACAAUACCGCAACAAACUCAAUGGAAAGUGGGGUAUACUGGAUGUGGACGACGCUGUGGCAGGCGCCAACUACUUGGUGAAGGAGAAUAUAGUCGACGCCAGCAAGGUGUGUGUUGACGGUGGCUCUGCUGGUGGAUUCACCACACUGUUGGUGCUCAUGAGUGAAAAUGCGCUUUUUGCAGCGGGAGCCAGUUUUUACGGGGUGUCCGACUUGGAGCUGCUGGUGAACGACACACACAAGUUUGAGAGCAGGUACAUGGAGACGCUGGUCGGCAGCAUCCACACGCAGAAGCAUCUGUAUGAUGCUCGUUCGCCCAUUAAAAACGCCAAGAAACUCGGGAAGCCAACCAUCUUCUUUCAGGGAAGCGAAGAUAAGAUUGUGAUUCCCAGUCACUCCAAGGACAUGUAUGAUAUUGUGAAGAACAAGUGUCUUCCUUCUGCAUAUAUCCUGUUUGAAGGUGAGGCUCACGGGUUUAUCAAACCAGAGAACAUCAAGUCUUCACUGGUGGAUAUUUUGUAUUUCUUCCUCAAGUGUAGACUUCACAUUAGCUGACGUCACUUCAGAUUUGGUUAUUGACAACCUGGAGUCAUGGAAGGAGAAACACCACUGAAGUGAGCAGUUAUUCUUUUCCUAUAUAAAAGUUCUAUACCCGAUAGGGAAUAAAGUAUGAUCCAAUUCCUCGUAUAAAGAAUCCUUCAUCAGUCACGGCUUCCCCUCCUUGACAGGUAUACACACUAUUUUAAUAACAAUGUUCUAAACUCGUACAAGUCAUGGAGUGCUGCUGAGAGAGGUAAUGAGUCGACAAGUGAAGGCAGUGUGUCAUGGUAGUUACAGUAACAUACUAAUUAACCGAGUUACAUUAUUAUAAUCAAGGGGGAAGCGCUAAACACGGAGGAUUAUACAGCGCCUGGAUGGGGGAUGUGGAAGGCAUUCAGGUUUAAUUCGGGGAACUGGAGCACAGAUCCAAUUCCCUAAAUCAAGAGCCCCUCGCCAAUAUCAAGGAACCUUCCUUGAGGGGAACCGAGUUACAGGAAGUGUUUAAAGCGAGACUUAAGUGGAGCUUGGGUUAGUAUAUCAGGCAAUGAUUAUAUAAUUAUCAUUAAGUUGGUGGGGGAAGCCCUAAAUCUGUAGGGGUCCUACAGCAGGUGCUGUAGGACCCCUACUGUCAGUGUCUACACAAUCCCAUGUGAUCAUUGUAAAGAAAUGUACAAUAAAAUUGAAUGAAUAAAAAGGACAUGUGUACUUCAGGAGGAUACUGAUGGACACGUUGCUAAAACACUAAUUCUCAACCACCAUUGUUCACAAGCCUCAGUUAUAGCAACCAAGAUUGUCACAAAUCAAAUAACCAAAGUUCUUCCCACCACAAUGGUGGGAUGUCUGCUGCAGUAAACUUUAUCAAGAGUC